GGUAGCAGCAGUACAAGUAGCAGCAGUACAAGUAGCAGCAGUACAAGUAGCAGCAGUACAAGUAGCAGCAGUACAAGUAGCAGCAGUACAAGUAGUAGCAGUACAAGUAGCAGCAGUACAAGUAGCAGCAGUACAAGUAGCAGCAGUACAAGUAGCAGCAGUACAAGUAGCAGCAGUACAAGUAGCAGCAGUACAAGUAGCAGCAGUACAAGUAGCAGCAGUACAAGUAGCAGCAGUACAAGUAGCAGCAGUACAAGUAGCAGCAGUACAAGUAGCAGCAGUACAAGUAGCAGCAGUACAAGUAGCAGCAGUACAAGUAGCAGCAGUACAAGUAGCAGCAGUACAAGUAGCAGCAGUACAAGUAGCAGCAGUACAAGUAGCAGCAGUACAAGUAGCAGCAGUACAAGUAGCAGCAGUACAAGUAGCAGCAGUACAAGUAGCAGCAGUACAAGUAGCAGCAGUACAAGUAGUAGCAGUACAAGUAGCAGCAGUACAAGUAGCAGCAGUACAAGUAGCAGCAGUACAAGUAGCAGCAGUACAAGUAGCAGCAGUAGAA